UGUAAAUACAGUGAUGCAGCAAACGUAACUAACUGGGCUGGCAGCCAUUUUGCGGCAGAAGGCUUCUCGGCGGUGGCGUUGGGAAACAGCGGCCAUCUUGGGGCAGCAGUCGUCUGAACGUUCGAAAUAGGCCUUGCUCCACAUAGAAAAUGCCCGAUUUUUGCGCCGCCCGCGGCUGUCACAAUGAACGUAGCGCCCAAACGAAAACCAAUGGGAUCACCUUUCACAAGUUUCCAAAAAACAAAGAUCGCAGGAUCCAGUGGGAACGUGCUGUAAGAAGGCAUGGUUUCGUUGCCUCCGACAGGUCACUGCUAUGCAGUGAGCACUUUAAACAGGAAGAUUUUGACAAGACUGGGCAGACUGUCAGGCUUAGAGCUAAUGUUGUGCCAAAAAUCUUUUGCUUCUCUGCUCCUGUUGAGUCUAGUCUAAACAAAAAAAAGCCGGUAGUAAAAAGAACCACAGCUACUUCGCGAAGAGCAGCGGAAAACUGGCCCACGGAGGUUGAAGAAAAAAAAAGCAAAACUGAUUCUACAAUAGAAGAGGAAAAAGAGCCCACGGAUCCUCAACAGAAUAAUCCUCCUCCUGAGAAUAAUCCUUCUCCUGAUGUUGUGAGUAAGGCACCAAAUCGAGAAGCGAUGUUGGCAGAGCUUCACGCCAAGCAACAAGCAGCCAUUGCAGAAGUACAAAGGAGUCGGAGGAGGAAGAUCACUGACCACCAGUAUGCACUGCCUUUUAGCCCCAAGGACCUAAAGCUCAAAUUCGAGUUAGCCCUCAAAACAGUGCAGAAACUGCGGCGGGAGAAGGUCAACGCCUUGAUGAGGGAAAGAAGGGCCAAGAAAUAUAUGCAGGCCGCCUUGGAGGAGUUGAAACAAAAAAAUGAAAUCAUUGAAGAUCUACAGGACAAGCUUGAAUGCUACUCGGAUAUUCCGGUUGAACUCCUGGCGAGGCAAGGUGUAGAGUACACCAAGGACCAGAAAGAUUUUGCCUUCAAGCUCUAUCUGCAUGGUCCAAAGGCAUAUAAUUACCUGAGAGAGAGACUGAAGAUUCACCUCCCACAUCCCAGUUCAAUUCAGAGGUGGCUGAGCACCGCUGAAUCCAAGCAAGGUCUCAACCACAUGGUGCGGGACAUGCUAGAAAGACUGCGCCAGGAAGAUGAUGGCAAGUCUGCUUGCGUCACGCAGAUACAAGACGAUGCCAUCACGCAGAUACAAGACGAUGCCAUGGCCGGAGAUGAUGAAGUUCAGGAUGACACAGAGACACAGACUGUGUGUGUUUUUGUCGAAACUGAGGAUCAAUUCAAUCAAACUUCUGCUGCUGUGCAGGGGCUCCAAGGUUAUUGGGAAUAACUGGGAAAAUUGGUGAACCGUAAAAGUAAGAGGAGCCAAGAAGCAUAAACUUCAAAACAGGAAAUAACGCAGUACAGUUAUGUGGUUGCCGAAGCCAUGGACAAAGACAAAUUAAAAAAGUAAAGUGACUAGGGUUGAGUUACUGGUUCUGUCUGUAACAUGUCAUAAGUCGGGCAAAAAUGUUCAUAGUUACGCUCUGUAAAUGCAGACGUUUGUAAAUGUCUUAUUUUGAUUAAACACAAAGAUUAACAAUUAUAAGAGCUGAUGAGUAAUUUAGCAAUCAACCAUUUGGUGGAUUUUUAUUUAUUGUUUCAUUUCUCGUUUUGUUGUUUUGAGCAAUUUGUGGUUUUUAUCUCUCGUUAUUCCCGUAUUCAUUAACUUUGGAAGUCGCAUUAUGACAACUGUAACAUUUUUGUAUGUUUUCUAAGUAUAUUGAAUCUUUAUUUUGUGUUUACAUGAGUUAAUUCAAUGCAUUAGCGCUUCAGUACAAGAGCAACAAUAGCUCCACCUCGUGGACGAAAGAAUUCAAAGCAUUCUUCGUUACUAGCCUGUUUGAAACAAAGGAUGACUCGCACUUGUGUUACCCCAAAAAUACUCUUGUAUCGUUCAAUAAUCAAGUAAGGUCAAAUAAAUACGAUAUGGGUGUAUGUAAUAUUUACAUAAGUCCGUUUGUGGUCAUUGAAGUAGAAAAACUUGGCGAAAACGUGGGUCAAAAAAUAUUAAAAAGAAUAAAAACAUGAGAAAAGAAUGCUUGAAAAAAAGUUAAAAUACCAAAAGAAACUGAAAUAGUAAGAAAUGCAGUUUUUUCUUGUCCUACUUCCUACAACAACCAAAUUUAAUCUGAUGUAAAAACAGCCCGCCCGUCUCAUCAGACCAUAUGACAUGGUUCCCGUAAUCCAUGUUCUUUGUUGACAUGUCUUCAGCAAACUGUUUGUGGGCUUUCUGUUAACCGUCUUCAGAAGAGGCUUCCUCCUGGGGUGACAGUCAUGCAGACCAAUUUGAUGUAGAGUGCGGCGUAUGGUCUGAGCACUAACAGGCUGACCCCCCCACCUCUUCAAUCUCUGCAGCAAUGCUGACAGCACUCCUGUAACGAGUCACAUGAUAUUUUGGAGGGAAAAUGACAAGCAGUACUCAAUUUGGACAUUUAGGGAUGGACGUUGUUUCUAAGGGGUGUACUCACUUUUGUUGCCAGGGGUUUAGAUAUUAAUGGCUAUAUUUUGAGGGCAAAAUAAAUGAACUGUAUUAUAUAACCUGCUCACAGACUACUUUUUAUUGUGUCAGAGUGUCAUUUUGUCAGUGUUGUCCCAUGAAAAGAUAUACUUAAAUAUCUGCAGAAAUGCGAGCGGUGUACUCACUUUUGUGACACACUGUAUCUUCUGCAGCGUGAAUAAAACCUGGAAACUGACAUAUACCGAAAACACGAAAAAGAUGGAUUCGCCUAAGUGUCAUAAACACGUAUUAAAAAAUAUCAGUACUAUAGUACAUCAAGCUAUUUUUGUUUUAAUGAGUUGAAAUACAUAUUUUUAAUGCAUCUUUCAGGUUUAAUACAAAUAAAAGCAUACAUAGUAUUUUUAAAGUGUCGUAUGACGGACAAAAACAAAACAGCAACACAGUAUGUAGAAUAUGAGACAGCUUUAUUUUUAGAAUCGCAUGAAAAUUUUUCUUAAUGUGAAGAAUUCCACUUUUCUUAUUACACCCACAAGUGGUAUUGUUGUAAAUUGGCAUUUACCUUGUAAGUUUCUUUGUGUUCGCGACUGAAGUUUCGAGUCCACCUCCCAGAACCCUGAUUUCAUAUGGUGCUAGAGACUUGAUAA